AUGUACAAACUUGGUUUCUUUCCAAUAGAAAAAAGGGCAAAGUAUUACGUGGCUAUAUUCAUCACAAAUACUAGUGAAAAUGUAGUUUGGGUUGCAAACAGGGAGAACCCAUUCCCAAAUCCCUCUGCUCUUCUUACCAUGGACCCGGAUGGGAAUCUUGUAAUAUCCGAUGGCGGAUUGUUGCACCUGGUGACUAACACUACUUCAAGGGGCAACGAUGCCUAUGCCAAGCUAUUAGAUACAGGUAAUCUUAUACUCACAAACAGGGCCUUGGAUGUUUUGUGGCAAAGCUUUGACUAUCCCACUGAUACUCUUUUGCCCGGAAUGAAGCUUAAUGGUGCUAAUGACCAUCCUGUCUUAACGUCAUGGAAAAGUCAAGAAGACCCUGCUUCUGGUCCUUUCUCUCUGCAAUAUCUGGCUUCUCGGAAAGAACUAAUCUUAAGGGAGGGGUCGGAACCAUACUGGACUAGUUCACUCAGGGGUGUUCUAGCUGGUAUAUUCGUAAUUGAUGGGGACUACAUUACUUGGCCUAGUAAGAAAACCUUUGAAACUAGAAGACUAGUGUUGGAUUUAAACGGUCAGCUUCUGGUGGAGACAUGGAUGGAAGGUGACCAAGGUUGGUCCUCGCAACGGAUAACGACUUGUGGGGCUUAUCCUGUCUGCGGCGUUUCCAGCAUAUGCAACGAGACUGCAGACGCAGAUUCUAGAUGUUACUGUUUGCCAGGAUUCAAAAGAGAAUCCGCGUUCGCUGGAUGUAAGAGAAAAACUGAUUUGCAGUGCACCCAUGAUAUUAAUGUUCAGAAAGAUUGGUUUCUUCGAAUUCCUGAAGUUUAUUUGCCCAGGUAUCCCCUGCGGUUGCACGUUGGCAAGGCUUCAGAGUGCGAAUCGGCUUGCUUGAACAACUGCUCUUGUACUGGUUAUGCUUAUGACCAAGAGCAUCGCUGUCUGGUAUGGGAUGGCCCUCUUUUAAAUCUGAAGCAUUUCUCAGCAGAUAGUUUAUAUGAAACAGAUUUCUAUCUCAAACUUGCUCCUCCGGAAUUUACCAAAGGAAAUAAACAAUUAUGGAAAAUUCUCGUGCCAGCCACAUCUAUUGCGGUCGCUGUUACAUUGGGCCUUUUUGUUUAUUAUGUGAGGAGAAAGCUCACAAGAAAGGGGGAGGAUUUGUUACUUUUAGAUUUGGGCAUGACCCAAAAGGCUAAUAAUUCAAAGGAUGGAGAUAGUAGAGAAGUCCAAAUGCCAUUAUUCAGUUUUGCAAGUGUUUCUGCUGCAACUCAUAAUUUCUCGGUUGCUAAUAAGCUCGGAGAGGGUGGUUUUGGACCUGUUUACAAGGGAAUAUUGCAAAAAGGUGACGAGGUAGCUGUAAAAAGACUUUCAAAAAGAUCUGGACAAGGUUGGGAGGAGCUUAAAAAUGAAGCAAUGCUCAUAGCCAAGCUUCAACACAAAAAUCUUGUUAGACUUUUGGGUUGUUGCAUUGAACAAGACGAAAAGAUAUUAGUUUACGAGUAUAUGCCCAAUAAAAGCUUGGAUUUCUUCAUCUUUGCAAAUCAAGAGAAGCGCAGGAUAUUAGAUUGGAGGACUCGUGUUGGAGUCAUUGAAGGAAUUGCUCAAGGACUUCUUUAUCUUCAUCAAUAUUCCAGGUUAAGGAUUAUUCAUAGGGACUUGAAACCUAGCAAUAUUUUGUUGGACAUAGACAUGAAUUCCAAGAUAUCAGAUUUUGGAAUGGCAAGAAUAUUUGGUGGAAAUGAGUCACAAGCAAAUACAAAUAGGAUUGUUGGCACUUAUGGUUAUAUGUCCCCCGAAUAUGCUUUGAAAGGCCUCUUUUCAAUCAAAUCCGAUGUCUUUAGUUUUGGCGUACUGUUGUUAGAAAUUGCAUGGGAAUUAUGGUCAAGUGAUAGGGGAUCGGACUUGGUGGAUCCACUACUUGAUGAUAUAUCCUCUAUGCAUAUGGUAUUGAGAUAUGUUAACAUAGCUCUCCUUUGUGUUCAAGAAAGUGCAGAGGAUAGACCGACCAUGUCUGACGUUGUCGCCAUGCUUAGCAAUGAAGGUGUAAUUCUACCUUAUCCCAAAGAACCCGCUUUCUUGAACAUGAGAAGUAUGUCGCAGCCAACAAUACAGGAUAAGAUCAAAAGCUUCAACGGAUACUGGAAAGAAAUAUAUCUAUGCAAGCUUCGAGAAUACUUGAAGCGGAUUAAACCAGAAGUUGUUCAACCCACUGCAACCAAUGAAAUGUAUAUCAUUGCCAAGGCGUGCAUGGGAUUAAUCCCAAAAGCAGGGGAGCUGCUUAGUGAAAUUGCUCAUUCACUAUAUUACUCAUCAAGAAUUUCCCCUCUUAUUGCUUCCCUGCUGCUUUUAUUCUGCCUUGCUUUUCACUUCACCAAUGCUACCAUCACUGGUAAUACUAUCCAAGCAGGCCAAUCACUAAACACCUCGGAGACCAUUGAAUCUGCCAACGGAAAGUACAAACUUGGUUUCUUUGGUCAAGUAAACUCGGCAAUGUUUCACGUGGGAAUACGGUUCACUUACGUUUCUGACCGCAACGUACUUUGGGUUGCAAACAGGGAGCAGCCAUUCCCAAAUUCCUCUGCCGUUCUUACCCUCAACCCUGAUGGGAAUCUUGUAAUAUCCGAUGGCAGUUUGUUGUACGUUGUGGCAAACACUUCAGGUGGCAACGAUACCUCUGCCACGCUAUCAGAUACUGGUAAUCUUGUACUGAAAAGAAGGGCAGAGGUUUUGUGGCAAAGCUUUGACCAUCCGACCGAUACUCUUUUGCCUGGAAUGAAGGUUGAAGAAGAUAAGACAGGAUGGUCAUUAACAUCAUGGAAAAAUAAUGAAAACCCUGCUCCUGGUCUUUUCUCUCUGCAUCUGGGUUCUCGGAAAGAACUCAUCAUAAUGGAGGGGUCUAAACCAUGCUGGAGUAGUCCACUCAUUGGUGAACUAGCUGAUAAAUUCGUGAUUGAUGGGGAGAACAUUUCUUACACUAUUAGUAAUAAUUAUCCUUCUGAAUUUAGAAGAGUGUCGUUGAGUAUAAAAGGAAAGCUUCGACUGCAGACAUGGGAAGACAAUUCCUCCCAUUUUGAAAAUUUGUCCGAUACAUUAAAGUGUGGGGCUUAUGCUUUCUGCGGUGAAUUCACCAUAUGCAAUGAGACAGCCGAUCGGCCAUGUGACUGUUUGCCAGGAUUCAAAGCCUAUGCAGCCAAUUCUACUCAAGGAUGUAAGAGAAAAACAAUUUUGCCGUGCAGAGAUGAUGUUGAGAAACAUGGGUUUCGUCAAAUGUCUAUGGUUUAUUUGCCCAGUAAUCCCCAGCAGUUGCAGUACGUUGGCAAUGCUUCAGAGUGCGAAUCAGCUUGCUUGAAAAACUGCGAGUGUACAGGUUAUGCUUAUGAUCAAGAGCAUGGCUGCCAAGUAUGGAAAGGUCCUCUGUUAAAUCUGAAACAAUUCUCAGAAGAUAAUACAUAUAAACAAGACUUCUAUUUGAAACUUGCUCGUUUGGACUUGGCUGUGGAAGACACAAACUCAACGAAAUUGAAGGAUAACCGAUUAAAGAAAAUUGUCAUUCCGAUUGCAGUGGUUGUUGCAUUGGGCCUUAUUGUUUAUUAUGUGAGGAGGAGAAAGCUCAGAAGCAAGGGGGAGGAUUUGUUACGGUUAGAUUUGGGCACAACCCAAAAGGCUAAUAAUUCAGAGGAUGGAGUUGGUAGAAAAAGACAAGUCCAAAUGCCAUUAUUUAGUUUCGCAAGUGUUUCUGCUGCAACAGACAAUUUCUCAGCUACAAAUAAGCUCGGAGAGGGUGGUUUUGGACCUGUUUACAAGGGAAUAUUAUUGGAAGGGGGCGAAGUAGCUGUAAAAAGGCUCUCAAAAAGAUCUGGGCAAGGUUGGGAGGAGCUAAAAAAUGAAGCGAUGCUCAUAGCCAAGCUCCAACACAAGAAUCUCGUUAGACUUUUGGGCUGCUGCAUUGAAGGAGAUGAAAAGAUACUAGUUUAUGAGUAUAUGCCCAAUAGAAGCUUGGAUUUCUUACUUUUUGAUCCAGAGAAGUGCAAUAUAUUAGAUUGGAGGACUCGUGUUGGAAUCAUUGAAGGAAUUGCUCAAGGACUUCUUUAUCUUCAUAAGUAUUCUAGGUUAAGGAUUAUUCACAGGGACUUGAAGCCUAGUAAUAUCUUGUUGGACAUUGAUAUGAAUCCCAAAAUAUCAGAUUUUGGAAUGGCAAGAAUAUUUGGAGUAAAUGAGUCACAAGCAAAUACAAAUAGGAUUGUUGGCACUUACGGUUAUAUGUCCCCUGAAUAUGCUUUGGAAGGCCUCUUUUCAAUCAAAUCCGAUGUCUUCAGUUUUGGCGUCUUAUUGCUAGAGAUUGUGAGUGGCAAGAAGAAUACUGGUUUUUAUCAACGUGAUUGUCUCCAUCUUAUUGGACGUGCAUGGGAAUUAUGGACAAGUGAUAGGGGAUCAGACUUGGUGGAUCCACUACUUGAUGAUAUAUCCUCUAUGCAGAUGGUAUUGAGAUAUGUUCACAUAGCUCUUCUCUGUGUUCAAGAAAGUGCCGAGGAUAGACCAACCAUGUCUGACGUUGUUGCCAUGCUAAGCAAUGAAAGUGCAGUUCUACCUUAUCCCAAUGAACCUGCUUUCUUGAAUGUGAGAAAUACGUCGAAAGCAAACCCAAUUAAUAGACAUAGGUUAGAAAUAUGUUCUAUGAGUGGUGCAACAUUUUCAAUUAUGAAAGGCCGAUAA